UAAAAUCUGAUACUGAGCCUCCAUUCUCUAUUGAACGCAUUAUUCCUCUUAUCAUAAGAGAUUUUGUUACGACUUCAUUCAAUCAACAACAGCCGGUGCUGGUAUCGCAUGGCGUUUAAAUAUCAUCUAAAGCGCGAUGCUAAAAGUUUUUAAAAAUGGCUCGUAUAGUAAAAUUCUUUAAAGUUAUACGGAAUAAUUGGAAAAAGUCAACAUUUGCUGCAGCAGCUCUUUCUUAUGGAGUCUCGUAUAGUGUCGAUUCUUAUGAUACUGAACAAUUGAUGAGGCAAUACUGCGAAGAGGCAGUCAAAUAUGGAGAUGAGCCACUGCCUACUCAUAUUAAGCCACGGCAUGUCACAGUUAUAUUAAAUCCUGUGGCUCAUAAAAGGAAAGCUGAGAAACUGUUCAAGGAUUACUGUGAGCCAUUGCUACAUCUUUCUGGAAUAGCAGUGACAAUAUUACAGACAGAAUCAGAGGGUCAUGCACGGAAUUUAGUGACGAAUUUGAAUACUCAGACUGAUGCCAUAAUUGUAGCAGGUGGUGAUGGCACAUUGUCAGAUGUUGUUACUGGAAUUAUGCGGAAGUACAAUGUCGAUUUGAGUUUAGUACGGCAAUGCCCAAUUGGUAUACUUCCUUUGGGUCAAGUGAAUAGAGUAGCAGAUUCUAUAUUUCACGGAUAUGAGGAUCAUUCCCACAUUCGUGAAAUGGCAGAAGCCACGAUGGCUGUUGUAAAAGGAGAAACUAAAAUGAUUGAUGUUGUCGAAGUGCAAGUGCUCAAACAAGAUCCUGAGAAGCCCAUGAAACCUGUGUAUGCAGUUGGUGCUCUAGAAUGGGGUGCUUGGCGAGAUGCUAAUGCACGUGUCAAUAAAUACUGGUACUGGGGGUCACUUCGAAAGUACGCUACAUAUGUAUUUAAUGGAUAUAAAGGAGAUUUAAAUUGGGAUUGUGAUGGUGUAAUUCGAUACACGGAACCUUGCGACGGUUGUUCUCGUUGCUAUUAUGAACACCAAACUACUAGUAAUUCUACUUUGGAAAGAAGAUGGUGGCAUUCCUUUCUACCAAAAAGAACUUCCAUGCCAUCUGUGGAUUACAGUAAAAUAACAAAUGAAAAAUGCGGUGAGGUUCACGAGAUGCCAAUUGCUGCAUCAGAAGUUCACGUAACAACUAGUAAUGCAAAAGGAGUAAAAGCACCAGCAGUACCAGCAGUAAAAGUAGAAUUAGGUCCUAAGAGCGUUAGUUAUGCAACAUUCGUUGCUGAAGGAUGGAAACGUGUACAUGGAAACAAAACAUUAGUGAAUCACACAGUGGAGGCUAAGGAUAUUGAGCUUCAUCCGAAGAAAGCUGAAGACAUCUCGAGGGAAAAAGAAGAAAUGUUUUCAAUAGACAAUGAGGAAUUCGAAUUGAAACCUAUUAAAAUUCGUUUACUUCCUAGGACUGUAAAAAUAUUCUGUCCAUCGUCAGGCAGUUCGUUUAAUAAAUAAGAUAGCACAUAGAAAUUAAGUGAAUUUCUUUUGAAAUAUAUUUUAUUAACAUUCUUUUACAUAAAUAUCAUAUAGUGACUAUGAUUUGGAAUCGAUCACUUGAUUCGCGUUCCAAAAGGCAGAGAGCCUCGUAAUACUCCUUUCAAUACGAAUUAAUUUUUAAGGUCUAUCUUAAAUCCUAGUUCAUACAAAAUGAACUUCUGUACACAAUAAUUACAUUCGAAAUUCUGACUA